AUGACGGCCUCGAAAGAAAACCUCCCCAUCUCGGAUGCAGACAAGGAGGAAGGAACUCAAGAUGUGUCCGAGAAGACCUCCGUAACAGGCAUGGACACCGACACCGAGAAGCAAGAAACCGAAAACGCGGACGAGGUUCCCCCUCGAGACAUAACCGGGUGGAAGUGGGCUGUGGUAGUAGCCGCCAUUCUCUCCUCGACCUUCCUCUUCGCCCUCGACAACACCAUCGUUGCGGACAUCCAGCCUGUCAUUGUCACACAUUUUGAUUCUGUGGGCAAGCUCAGCUGGCUGAGUGUUGCAUUCCUGAUCGGUGCAGCAGCUACCAACUUGGUAUGGGGCAAGAUCUUCGGCCAGUUCAACGCGAAAUGGACCUACAUCCUGUGCGUAGUCCUUUUCGAAGCCGGGUCCGCACUUUGCGGAGGAGCACCCACCAUAGACGCCCUGAUCGUCGGACGCGCCAUCUGCGGAGUAGGAGGAUCGGGAAUGUAUGUGGGAGUCAUGACUCUCCUCGCAGCAACGACGACAAUGCAUGAGCGGCCCAUGUAUGUAGGCGGCACUGGCCUGACCUGGGGUCUGGGGACUGUGCUAGGUCCAAUAAUCGGCGGAGCAUUUACUGAUUCCAGUGCUGGCUGGCGUUGGGCAUUUUAUAUUAAUUUAUGUAUCGGCGCCGUCUGCGCCCCGGUAUACAUCUUCAUGCUCCCCAACAAGGACCCACGUCCCGGCGUCUCACUCGCAGACAGAGCCCGCGAAAUGGACUACCUCGGAGGCCUCCUCACCAUCGGUGCUUUCAUCUCUGGCGUGAUGGCCGUCUCCUUCGGCGGGAUAACCUACCCCUGGGACAGCGGCAAGAUCAUCGGGCUCUUCGUGUGCUCGGGCGUGCUCUUCAUCCUCCUCGGCCUACAACAAGUCUACACAGUCUUCACCACCACAACGCGCCGCAUCUUUCCCAUCGAGUUCUUCAAGUCCCGCACCAUCCUCAUCCUGUUCUGCAUGACCGCCGCCGGCGGAACCGCCAUCUUCAUCCCCAUCUACAUGAUCCCCAUCUUCUUCCAAUUCACGCGCAACGAUUCCGCUUUGGAAGCCGGCGUGCGUCUUUUGCCUCUGAUCUUCUUGAUGAUCUUCGCCGUCAUCACGAACGGGGCGGUUAUGUCUGCAUACGGCGUGUACAUGCCCUGGUACACCGUCGGCGGCAUCCUGACCGUCAUCGGAGGAGCGCUCAUGUACACCGUCGACACGGAAAGCAGCAUCUCGCGCGUCUACGGGUAUUCCGUGAUCCUCGGUCUCGGCGUGGGGAUGUUCGCACAAGCAUCCUUUUCCGUGGCGCAAGCAGUCGUUGCGCCGGAACUCAUCCCCUCGGCCGUGGGCUUCAUCACCUGUGCGCAGGUCUCAGGCGUCACGAUCGCUCUGGCAAUCGCCAACUCCGUCUUCCUCAACCAGUCUCAGACCGGGAUCCAGAAGAUCUUGCCUGGCGUUCCCGUAGCGGAAAUUCAAGCAGCAAUUGCUGGGGCAGGCAGCCAGUUUGUGGCUAGUCUGAGUGAGGGCGUCAAGCUGGAGGUGCUGAAGGCGAUCGUGAGUGCGAUGAGCAAGACGUAUAUCCUUGUUAUUACGGCGGGCAGUUUGGUGGUGGUGCUGAGUGCGUUGAUGAAGCGGGAGAGGCUCUUCAUGGCUGCCGGUGGUGCUGCUUAA